UAUGUGUUUGCUCUGACAGAAAUUUCGGCAAGGGAGGCAAGCUUGUAAAGACUCACCUGACAACUCCAACAAGGAUGCUUCUUGUGUUGGGGAGAGUCAGGACACAGGUUCCUCUUCACCGUCAUCAUUGAAACUAGCUGCGCAGGAACAGAACGAGAGUUACCAAGUCACUGAAGCUCUGCGCGCUCAAAUGGAAGUUCAAAGAAGACUGCACGAGCAAUUGGAGCAUGGGCAGGUGCAACGGAGACUCCAGGUAAGGAUAGAGGCCCAAGGGAAAUACCUACAAACGAUUCUCGAGAAAGCUUGCAAGGCCUUUGACGAGCAAGCUGCUAUGUUUACUGGGCUUGAGACAGCUAGGGAAGAGCUGUCGGAGCUAGCCAUCAAAGUCUCUAAUAACUCUCAAGGAACAACAGUCCCAUACUUUGAUGCAACAAAGAUGAUGAUGAUGAUGCCGUCUUUGUCCGAGCUUGAAGUAGCAGCAAUAGACCACAAAAGCAACAUCACAACAACCAACUGUUCUGUUGAAAGCUCUCUGACUUCCAACACCAAUGGGAGCUCGGUUUCUGCUGCAUCGAUGAAGAAGAGGCAUCGUGGAGGAAACAAUGUCGGGUAUGAAGGGAGCUGGACUGUGCCUAGUAGUACCAUUGGAUAGAGUUUAGGUACGAAGAAAUCAAUUUGAGAAAAGAUGUUUACUUGCUUUGGAGGGGGAUUGUAUUAUUCGAUACAAAACUUGUCAUCAGUGUUUUAUCUUAGCCUACUCUUUAUGUAUAUAUUUGAUGUUCAAGCUUUGUAACUUGCCUUAAUUAUUAUUUCUUGUAUUUGAUACAAAACUUGUCAUCAAGUUUGAGCCUUUACUCGUAA